UCCCCUGCGCUUCAGCCUCAGUGCGGAGCCCUCAGGGGUGAGAAGAAGAGCGGUAGCGGGCAGCUCAGGAGCGGCAGCGGCGGCUGCGGGAGCCGGAACCACACCCACGUCCCUCUCCUUGUCCUCUCUUGCCCUCUCGGCGUCCUGCGGGAGACCGCGUUCCCGGAGGAGAGCGGCCGCCCACGCCCCGAGCAUCCUCCCCUGUCCUGCGGGCACUGACAGACUCGGCGGCAUGAUGCGGCUGCGAGGCUCGGCGAUGCUGCGGGACCUGCUCCUGCGGCCGCCCGCCGCCGCCUGCGCCGCUCUGAGGCGGGCGCAGCCCCUCGGCACCUUGAGCCGGCGCCCCCGCGGCGGGGGACGCGCGGCUGCGAGCUCGGCGGCCGCCGCGCGGCUCUACCCGUGGUGGGGCGGGGGCGGCCGGCCGGCGGGACCCCUAACGCGGGGCCUCUCCAGCUCCCCCUCGGAGAUCCUGCAGGAGCUGGGCAAGGGGGGCACGACGCCGCCGCCGCAGCAGCAGCCCGGGGCUACCCCGCCCGCGGCCCCGCCGGCGCCUGGCCCCAAGGACGGUCCCGGGGAGCCGGACGCGCUCGGCAACAGCGAGGGCAAGGAACUGGUGGCCUCAGGCGAAAAUAAAAUAAAACAGGGUCUGUUACCUAGCUUGGAAGAUUUGCUGUUCUAUACAAUUGCAGAAGGACAAGAGAAAAUACCUGUUCAUAAAUUUAUUACAGCACUCAAAUCUACAGGAUUGCGAACGUCUGAUCCCAGGUUGAAAGAGUGUAUGGAUAUGUUAAGAUUAACUCUUCAAACAACAUCAGAUGGUGUCAUGCUAGACAAAGAUCUUUUUAAAAAAUGUGUUCAAAGCAACAUUGUUUUGUUGACACAAGCGUUUAGAAGAAAGUUUGUCAUUCCUGACUUUAUGUCUUUUACCUCACACAUUGAUGAGUUAUAUGAAAGUGCUAAAAAGCAGUCUGGAGGAAAGGUUGCAGAUUAUAUUCCUCAACUUGCCAAAUUCAGUCCUGAUUUGUGGGGUGUAUCCGUUUGUACAGUAGAUGGACAGAGGCAUUCUAUUGGAGAUACCAAAGUUCCAUUUUGUCUUCAGUCCUGUGUAAAACCUUUGAAAUAUGCCAUUGCUGUUAAUGAUCUUGGAACAGAAUACGUGCAUCGAUAUGUUGGGAAAGAGCCAAGUGGAUUAAGAUUCAACAAACUGUUUUUAAAUGAAGAUGAUAAGCCUCACAAUCCUAUGGUAAAUGCUGGAGCAAUUGUUGUGACUUCAUUAAUAAAGCAAGGAGUGAAUAAUGCUGAAAAAUUUGACUAUGUGAUGCAGUUUUUGAAUAAGAUGGCUGGUAAUGAAUAUGUUGGAUUCAGUAAUGCAACGUUUCAGUCCGAAAGAGAAAGUGGAGAUCGAAAUUUUGCAAUAGGAUAUUACUUAAAAGAAAAAAAGUGUUUUCCAGAAGGCACAGACAUGGUUGGUAUAUUAGACUUCUACUUCCAGCUGUGCUCCAUUGAAGUAACUUGUGAAUCAGCUAGUGUCAUGGCUGCGACACUGGCUAAUGGUGGUUUCUGCCCAAUUUCUGGUGAAAGAGUACUGAGCCCUGAGGCAGUUCGAAAUACGUUGAGUUUGAUGCAUUCCUGUGGCAUGUAUGAUUUCUCAGGGCAAUUUGCUUUCCAUGUUGGUCUUCCUGCAAAAUCUGGAGUUGCUGGAGGCAUUCUUUUAGUUGUCCCCAAUGUCAUGGGUAUGAUGUGCUGGUCUCCUCCUCUGGACAAGAUGGGCAACAGUGUUAAAGGAAUUCACUUCUGUCAUGAUCUUGUUUCUCUGUGUAAUUUCCAUAACUAUGAUAAUUUGAGACACUUUGCAAAAAAACUUGAUCCUCGAAGAGAAGGUGGUGAUCAAAGGGUAAAGUCAGUGAUAAACCUUUUGUUUGCUGCGUACACUGGAGAUGUGUCUGCACUUCGAAGAUUUGCUUUGUCAGCCAUGGAUAUGGAACAGCGAGACUAUGAUUCUAGAACAGCACUCCACGUAGCUGCCGCAGAGGGUCAUGUUGAAGUUGUUAAAUUUUUGCUGGAAGCCUGCAAAGUAAAUCCUUUCCCGAAAGACAGGUGGAAUAACACUCCCAUGGACGAAGCGCUGCACUUCGGGCACCAUGAUGUAUUUAAAAUCCUCCAGGAAUACCAAGUCCAGUACACGCCUCAAGGAGACUCCGACAAUGGGAAGGAAAAUCAAACCGUCCAUAAGAAUCUCGAUGGAUUGUUAUAACGGUCUUAAUCCCAAGAUUUAAAUCACUUACCUAUUUAAUUGUGGAAAAUGAUUAUGAAGAACGUGUGUAUUUCUAUCUGGUAGUGAUGUAUAUUUUACAACAUUUGUCAUUUCAGUGUUACUGGAGUUUUCUUCAUUGUAGGCACAGGACAAAUCUGAUCUCUUUGGGAAAAAAUAGAAAUAAAACAAUCUCCCUCCAUAAUGUGAGCAAUAUUUACCUCGUGCAUUGUAUAACUUGAUGUACAAGAAUAGUUACCAAUGCUAGCUUAACUGUGUGAUCUUCAUCACUUAUUUUUGUGCGUUUUGUGAAUUUUCAAUUUAUAGUGAUGAUCUGCUGAUAUGCAUUUAUAAAUUAAGCUCUGUUGUGCAGUCAGUCCAAAUGGGUCAAGGCUGUCUUUAGAAGCAAAAUAGUGUGAUUUUCAUGACUUCAAAUAGAGAUUUAGUUUGAGUGUUUGAACAAGUAUAUGCUUGUGUGUUGAAUAUGUCUCCCACACUCUAGCUUCAUGAGGUGACUCUUUAAAAAUUAUAAUAGUUAACAGCUGUCAGUAGAAUAGACCAAUUCUGAUUAGACUUUAUCAGGGAAUCUGUUUAAGAUACAUUUGGUGACCAAAACAUAAGUGUGAAUGUAGUUAUAAUACUUUUGAAAAACUUUCCUUUUUCUAUAUCCCCUUUGUCCAGCCUCUCUUCCCAGACAUUUAGCUAUUUGCCCCUCUCCUUUAGCUGGGAAAGGGGGUGCUGGCAUACUAUGCAGUUUUCAUGUUCUCCACAAGAAGUCAGAAAAUGCCUCAUGUUUCUGGCCUCUGAGCUACAACUAUGCUGUAUGUCUACAGAAGAUGAACCAGAGACAAAUUCCUGAGUACAAAGCAGUCGAAUUCAUCAGCCUAAAAAAGGAAGGCAUGUGCUACUGCAGCUCUUUAAGAGGAUAUUUUUCAGCUUCCAGGAUAAAGAUAAAGAUAAAUUCAGAAGUGCUCUAAGCUACCAAAGUUGGGAACUGCUACAAAUAAUCUUUGUUUUUAAAUCUGGCAUUAAAAGUCUGCCUCAAGCUAUUUGUUCUAUUUGGGGGACCACUAAAUCACUCCAGUUUUCUCCCGGUUCUCUAGUGUAUAAUUUUUGGUGGCUUUAUAGUUUAAUAAUAAGAAAAGGCCAUUUCACUUUAAAUCGAGACCCAUCAUUUGUCUUGGGGAGGAACUGCACGUAUACUUUAUCCUAUCAUACCUCCAAGGUAAAGGGUAGUUAAUGAGGAUUUCUGAUAUUAAGCGUGCACGCGCGCGCCCACACACACACACACACACAUACACACACACACAAAUGGACUUCUUUGAAGCUGUGUUUAGUGGAAUGAGCAGAAUCCUCCACUACACAAAUGCUAGGUGUUACAUUAAUAUAGCAAAUUCCUUUUUUUCUUUUCUGUAAGCACACACUGCUUCUUCCAAGCCGUAUCAUGCCUGAUGGCCCCUGGCCCACCCUAGCAGCCGCCAAGUGUUCUGAUUUUUGCUUCCAAUCUAAGUCAAUGGCUUCAGCCAGCACCCUCUGCCUCCUCUGGUGGAACCAUGGCCAGUGUUCCUUAACUGAUCUGUAUCAGGCACAAAGCCUUUCUCAGGUGUGUCUUUCUGUGGGCAUUAUGGUGGCUUGGCGAGCAGCCCUGCUGCCGUGUCCCUGCCCCGUGGAUCAGUCCAUCAAGUCAUGUAGGCAGGUAGUAUUUGCAAAAUGCUGCAGAAGAACAGCAUUAUCCCCAAAGAUAUUAUGGGGUAGACACUCUUUAAUUGAAAUCAGUUGAAAUAACUGAUCAAAUAGCAGCUUGCUUUGUAUGAUUAAAAGGAAACAUUAGGACAGUUCAAUUGUGUGGCUUGAAGAUUACCAAUGAUUUUGAGGCUUUUCUCUAAUAAAAAGAGGUUCUAAGGUUCUAACUAUUAUUUGGGAACAAAGAGAGUUUUCAUCUUUUCUCAGAUCAGAACUAUUUUGGAAAAUCUUUGUGGUUUAGUAAAAUGUGUCCUUAUUUAUCCAUGAGGUUAUUUAUGACUAUACGCCAGUUCCUGCUCUGGCCGUUUGCUGUUGGCUGGUAAUAAUGAGUGCAUUUGGUUUCCAUGCUUUUGACUGUGCUGUUAACUGCUGCCCCCAGUACACUCCAAAGAUCUUAUUGUUUUGGCUUGAGGAUUACAUGUGCUUUUUCUGUAUCAUGCGAGCUCUAUAUGGUCAUGUUAUUUAAAGCUUUGUCUACAUUGUUGUUUCUGCUGGUCUCAGUUCUGUGCUGUCCCCACUGCUGCCCGCACUGCCCUUUAGCUGCGAGCUGGAUCAGCUAUCAACCAUUUGAUGCUCUUGUCUGGCAGGGACUGAAUGACCUGACGUUGGAUUUAGAUUCUUCCUGGGGAUUAUAUGGCUAUGAAUGUAUUUGCUUCCAGAACCUCCCAAAGUGAAUCUAAUCUUAAAAUUAUAAGUUGUAAGUAUUCUGAAAUUGGGAAAUACUUAUUUUAAAUGAAAUCAGGUAGUGUUGCUUUUUACAGUGUAAU